CCGUUAUUGAUGAUGAAGAAGGGGAUGCAGGCGUCCAACCCCACCAAGCAUUCCUGCGCUUCUGGGCCGAAGACGGCUCGGAAGGUAUCCAACCCGUGAAAGUGGGGGCCAACGGGAAAGGAAAAUUUGAACUUAAUGCUCGUCGCCCCCCACCGGGAAUUCCUCCGACAGUAAGGGGAAUGGUUCUCAACGUUGACCUUAUACUGGGAUCAUUCACGCGAGCCCCGGCCACCAUACCACUGUUCAAGCUCAAACUCCCUGCUUCUUUGGCAGUCCCCCCUCAUCCCGAAGAAAGUAUGUAUCAUUCGCGCCGCCCUCUUUAUCACACAUUCAGAGCGGAGCAACGCACUCCCCCGGCGGCUAUUUCGCUAAUAUUUGUUGCCCUCGCACUGAGUCCUUGGAUCCUUCUUUGCACAUUGCUCUCCCAUCUGCCACUUCACUUCAAACCAAGCACUUCUACUGCACCUUUCAUUUUCCUUCUUGCAGUGUUUGAGGCUUUGAUUGUUUGGUAUUGGGUUGACCUACGAAUCGGACAAGUGCUGUCUUAUGGAGCCGUUCUCGCUCUCAUCACGGCAGCUGCUGGGAAAAGAGCAUUACAGUCAAUUUAGUACCAUUUGUAGGGUAUCAUUGAUGCAGACAAAGUAUUAAAAAGAUAGAACUCUCUCACGAGACAGCA